UUAGAUCACAACAAAACAUCUCCACCUGGAAAAACAAAAAAGAACACCACCACACACGCUGUCUGUUCUAUUAUGCCCUACCCAUUCAUCUGAAUCUAAAUCUCACACUCCAACAGAAAUACAUUAAUGGAAACUUAGAUUUUUAAUCAAACAAAAAUGAAGAAAAAACUCAUUCUUCUCACUCUCUUUAUCACUCUUUUUGCUGCUAAUAACGCAUCAGCUUCACGGCCUGCUUUUCUCUUCUCAAGAACCACAGGAAGAUGCACUGCCCAGUACUGGAGUAGCAGGACCGAGGCAUGGCCGAGGAUGGUGCCGCAGACAUCAACGGUCUCCAACAUUUUCGGUUCAAGAAUAUUUGAACGGUACAGAUCUGGUUUGACUUUGCUUGAAUCGACGGCUAGGAAUGACGAUGAGAAUGUGUUUGUUGGGCUGUUGAAGCAGGCGAUUGCGGCGCUUUUGAACUCUUAUUCUAGGAAAGGAUUUGGUUAUUCUGCUUGGGAAGUGAAGAGUAUGUUUAUUCAAGGUUUGGUUUCUGAAGAGGCUGCUGCCAAACUGGCUCAAAGUUUCUCUCUUGCUAAUGAGGCUUGUAAUUAAUUGGUGGAAUUUAAUUUUAGAAUUAAGAGUUUGUUAUAAAUUAUAUAUAUUUGCAUUCAGGUUCAAAUCAAAUCUAACUGAAAUUUUUAUUUUUUUUA